AUGACGAGCCCAGAUUCACAGACAAUCGAGCUGGACGGUGAAUAUCUCGACACCAUCACGGUACACGGCCGUGAGUAUCAAAAAUACUCAAUCGAACACCGCAUAUAUUUCGGGCCAGUCGAUGAGGAGGAAGCACAGCGGCUCGACGACCAGGAGCGAGUAUUCCAGAGAAUUUUCGACAGCCGGCUGAUCUUCCCACCCAUCCCUCGACUUCGAAGAGUUCUGGAUUGUGGCCACGGGUCUGGAGCCUGGGCUUUGGGUGUUGCUGAACAGUACCCCGAUUGCGAGGUCACCGGCGUGGACAUUGCCCCACAGAUGAGCCCAGACGAUGUGCCCGAGAACCUGUGGCUCCAGGUCGAUGACUUGAACCGAACGUUCACAUUCCCCUCGAAUCAUUUUGACCUUGUGCACUCGAGACUCCUUGCGACCGGCAUCCACCGAGCGCGGUGGUCAUCCUAUAUCCGUGACAUAGUUAGGGUCCUGAAACCAGGAGGCUGGGUUCAGAUGAUCGAGAUAUACUUCAACGUGCAAUCUGACAACGGCUCCAUCACCGAUCAGCAUGCCCUCAGAAGAUGGAGCUCCCACUACAUGCGUGCCUUGGAGGACCGGAAGGAUCUUCGGAUUGGAUCGAGAAUGAGAAACCUCCUGACAGGGAGUGGUUUGGUAGAGGUUGACACCAAGAUGAUCCCUCUGCCGUUGUCGGCGUGGUCGAAUGACCCGAGGAUGCGAGACAUUGGUCGGUCCAACAGUGACAAUAUCCACCAACUUCUUCGAUCAUUGGCGCUUUACCCGCUCAUCCAACGCUUGCACAUGUCGGUAGAGAACUUCGAUGCUCUGGUGGAGGAGGCACAACAGGAGGCGAGGGACCACAGCCUGAAAGCGUAUUUCCCUCUGUAG